GGCUGGAGACGGGACAGAACCAGAACGCGCGUUUGCAGUGUAACGGGACACUCAGAUGAGCUGUGUGAUGUCACAGGAAACCCGUUACACACUCCUUUGCUGCUUCAGGGGCCUCAACUCAUCACAGAGCACAUCUCCCAGUACACACUGCACACUACGUACUGCCGCAGCGGAGAACACAGGACCGAGCUAACGAGCAGAAGCAUUCAGAUCAUUUGGAUACACGAAAGCCAAACACUGGAACCAUGUUUGGAUGCUGGAUUACCUCAUUUCUCUUUCUGUUGGCAACCUCUGAGUUUUUUGUGGUGGUCCACUCAGAGAACAACACUGGAGGUACGGCACAAAAGAAAGGCCAUGAAAUGGGCUUCACUCGUCACAAUAUUUUGACCGCUCAGUUUGAAUGUUACCAGAAGAUUAUGAAAGACACUAAUCACAACAGAACAGAUGGCUCUACGUGUAAACGGACCUGGGAUGGAUGGAUGUGCUGGGACGAUUUGGAAGCAGGAGUCACUUCGGCUCAGCACUGUCCAGGCUACUUUAAUGAUUUUGAUACCUCAGAAAUGGCAACGAAGAUUUGUACUGAUUCAGGCCAUUGGUUCGUUCACCCAGAGAGUAACAGAACAUGGACAAAUUACACGGGCUGUAAGCAUAAGUCUAAUGAUCACAAAAGGACAGCACUUAAUCUCUACUACUUGGCUUUGAUUGGUCAUGGAUUGUCGCUGAUAUCUUUGUUUACUUCUCUGGGGAUAUUUUUCUAUUUUAAGAGCUUAAGUUGUCAAAGGAUAACUCUGCACAAGAAUCUAUUCUUCUCUUUUGUGUUGAACUCGGUUAUAACCAUCAUCUUUUUCACUUGUGUUGCAAACAACCAAGAAGUAACACAAGCCAACCCAGUGAGCUGUAAAGUGUCCGUGUUCAUCCACCAUUAUCUCCUGGGCUGUAACUACUUCUGGAUGUUGUGUGAGGGAAUCUACCUGCACACACUCAUUGUGGUGGCAGUGUUUGCUGAGAAACAGCACCUCAUGUGGUAUUACCUCCUAGGAUGGGGCUUCCCGUUAAUACCUGCAUUUAUCCAUGCAAUAUCCCGAAGUUAUUACUACAAUGACAACUGUUGGAUAAGCUCGAACACUUCUCUGCUCUACAUUAUUCAUGGUCCCAUCUGUGCAGCCCUGUUGGUUAACCUCUUCUUCCUUUUAAACAUUGUGAGAGUGUUGAUCACUAAGCUGAAGGUGACCCACCAGGCAGAAUCCAGUCUGUACAUGAGGGCCGUCAGGGCCACCUUAAUCCUGGUACCUCUGCUGGGCAUUCAGUACUUACUGCUGCCCUACAAACCCGACGGACGGCUCGCCUCCGAGAUAUUUAUGCACACAAUGAACAUACUUAUGCAUUACCAGGGCCUUUUGGUUGCCACUAUAUUUUGCUUUUUCAAUAGCGAGGUGCAAGGUGUAUUACGAAGACACUGGAACCAGUACCGCAUCCAGUUUGGCAGCACAUUUGCGAACACUGAGGCCCUGCGUUCUGCAUCCUACACGGCCUCCUCCAUGACGGAGGUCCAUCGAUGUUACAGCAUCGACAGCCACAUGGAGACUCUAAACGGAAAGAGUUUUCACAAUCUGGAGACCACCAUUCUCCGAUCAGACAACCUGUACAUGUGAGAGACUCUAAAUCUUUGACCUUUGCGAGAACAGCCUCAUGGAGAGGACCACUGACUGAGAUGUGUGUGAGAAAAGGCCUACUGGACAUACAUCUGGUUACUUUGAACUACAGACACCCAGAAGCCUUUCCUGUUCCGUAGAGGCCUUAGUUAUCUCAUGUUUAUGGAUGGGAACUGGAGGAAAUACUGUAUUUUAUAUGGAAUAUUAAAGUCACGUGAACCUUUUCCAUGAUGAUCCAGUGGAACACUUUGGAGAACAUCACACAUUGUCAGUCUUUCAGAUUUCUUUAUUGAAAUGGAGCUGUUCAAUGGGUGAAACAAUGGACUUAGGAUCACACCCUAAUGAAGCUUUUUUCUUUAUGGCACUGUGUUGUUUUAGUGAAGGUUGUGCCACACUGAUCCAUUGGAUGAUGGAUUCCACAUCUAUGGAUCUAUGGGAUAUUCUGGCUCAACGAACCUGUAGUAGAAGAAAGGAAUAAACAAUUAAAGAGACGAAAUCACUAUGACGUGUUUCCAGAAGAUACUGAUGACCUUGUCCUGCUCUUUUUGUUCAUCCUGAACUUCAUCUUGCUAUCAGUUAUGUGAUUAAUUUUAUGUGAAAUUUUUAUCCACAUACAGGGCAAUAUUGACAAUAUAUUCUAUGUAUGCGAAAUGUUUUAUUGUCUCUUAGGAGUACAGAAUUUUUAUAUAUCUGUGUAUAUAUACAUACUUUGAUUUAAAAAAAAACCUAAAAAAACAGAGUAGAGUUACUGUCAUCAGAAACUAGAGUCACUGUCAACAUACACCCCCCUGCUAGCACAUCAUGGACAAAUUAGAUGAACCAGUCUGGACUAGCAUGUGAAUUCUUGCUGGUCUUUUCAGCAGGGUUAUCUUAGUUACUUCUGAUUCAUCGAAAUGUCUGUCUUAAACUAAUUUAUCUGUAAUUCAUAUGAAUCUCAGUAUAAGUGAGUCUUGUUGAAGGGCAAGUUACAUUAGAACACGUGGUUUUACAGUUUUUGGAGAUCUACAGAUCUACAAACAGAGAUGAGGUCUUUAUCUGUGUCUCUAUGUCUGGAACAUACAGAUGCGUUUGGCGCUUUUUCACUGUUGUGUUUCUUAAAACAUUUUAUGUGCACAUGCUGGAUAAAUAAACAUUCAUAUUUUGAGAUGUAAAUGCAUUUCUAUGUUUAUGUCUUAUGCAUGUUUUCAUUUGUAUUUGUACUUUAUUGGAAUCAAUCUUUCCAUGAAGAACUUUUAACCUCCGUAAUGAAGAUUUAACAUUCAUGGAAGCUUUCCAUUCCACAAAAUGAUAAUUGUAGUGGAAAAGGUUUCUUUAGAUUAUUAAAAUAUUCUUCACAGUUAGAAAAACAUUCUCCUUUUAAAGGUAUAGCUCGCACAGAUAUCAAAAUUCUGUCAUUUUUUACUCACUCUCAUGUCGUUUUCAAACCUGCAUGAGUUUCUUUCUUCUGUUGAACACAAAAGAAGAUAUUUCGAAGAAUGUGGUCAUAACCAAACAGUUGGUCACAGCUAUUGACGUUUUUUGUUUUCAACAGAAGAAAGAAACUCAAAUAAGUUUGGAACAACUUGAGGGUGAGAAAAAUGAUGACAAAAUGUAAAUUUUUGGGUGAACUAUCCCUUUAAGAACAGUUCAUGAAAAGGUUCUUCAGGGAACUCAAAAUGGUUCUUUGAAAUCAUGGUGAAAACACUAUUUUUAAGAUUGAUUGUUGGAAUCUAAUGUUUUACAUUUAAAAACUGACAUUACCGAUUAGUCAUAAUGACACCUGAUACAAUUCAGACAUACCACCAAUUCAUUUAGAAAAAAACUGACUUCUUUGCGCACGGUUUGGAAAAAUAUGCCGAAAACGUUGUCAUUGUAUGUUUUCUGAUGGAAGUACAAGCACUCCAAGAGCAAAUACAAGUUUAAACAUCUUGAAAUUAUUUGAAAAAUGUGAACAAGACCAGCAUGAAUGUUCACGUGUUGCUGUAGUCAGUUACUAUAACUGGAGAGAUUUAAUCUCAAAUUAUUUCCUGUUUAUCUGUCGAUUAGCUCUGUUCCUGUUUAUUCUCCAACUUCCAAUAUAAA